CACGCACGCUGCCAGCUCGCUCUCCGGCCCGCCACGGGGCCCUGGCCGCAGGGUCCCUCCGAGGGGCCGGGGAAACCGCCGGAGAAAAGCGCGGGCAAGCUUCCCGGCUGCGGCCACCGGAGGAGCUGCAGGCUGCCUCUCUGCCCGCAGGGUGGGUGCUGCUUCCCCAGCUGCCGCCGCUGCAAAGCCUGCAAAGCGAGGCUCAGAGAUGUCCCAGAUCCUCCGGGAGCUGCUCCGCGUCUCCGAGAAAGCGGCCCACAUCGCCCGGGCGUGCAGGCAGCAGGAAGCCCUGUUCCAGCUGCUCAUCGAGGAGAAGAAAGAGGGCGAAAAGAACAAGAAGUUCGCGGUUGAUUUCAAGACGCUGGCGGAUGUGCUGGUGCAGGAAGUUAUAAAACAUAAUAUGGGGAACAAGUUUCCAGGCUUGGAAAAAAACAUUUUUGGAGAAGAAUCCAAUGAAUUUACAAAUGAUUUGGGGGAAAAGAUUACCAUAAAAGUGUGCUCAACAGAGGAAGAAACCACAGAGCUUCUUAGCAAAGUCCUUGGCAGUAACAAGUCAGCGUCUGAAGCACUGGCCAAGGUUGUUCAUCAGGAUGUCGCCUUCGGGGACCCAGCUCUGGAUUCCAUAGACAUCAGCAUCCCCCAGGACAUUCUGGGAAUCUGGGUGGACCCCAUUGAUUCAACCUAUCAGUACAUCAAAGGUUCUGCUGACGUUAAAGCCAACCAAGGGAUUUUCCCCUGUGGCCUUCAGUGUGUCACCAUUUUAAUUGGCGUCUAUGACCUACAGACAGGGGUGCCUCUGAUGGGAGUCAUCAACCAACCUUUCGUGUCACAAGAUCUAAACACACUCAGGUGGAAGGGAGAGUGCUACUGGGGUCUUUCUUACAUGGGGACCAACAUCCAUUCACUCCAGCCUGUCGUUUCUAAAAGUGGCAGCAGCACCAGCAGCAGCACAAACCGGACUGAAAAUGCCAGCCGGGAGGCAGACUCCCCCCACCCUUUCUCCGCUGUCAUUAGUACCAGUGAAAAGGAGACCAUCAAAGCCGCACUGUCGCGGGUGUGUGGGGACAGCAUCUUCCGAGCGGCGGGGGCUGGUUAUAAGAGCCUCUGUGUUGUCCAAGGCCUUGUGGACUUUUACAUCUUUUCGGAAGACACCACUUUCAAGUGGGACUCCUGCGCCGCGCACGCCAUCCUGAGGGCCAUGGGUGGAGGCAUGGUAGACUUGAAAGCAUGCUUAGAGAGAAAUGCAGGUGCUGGGCCAAGUUUGCCCGAGCUGCUGUACCACGUGGAAAACGAGGGAGCCACUGGGGUUGAUCGCUGGGCCAACAAGGGAGGACUGAUCGCCUACAGGUCCAGGACACGGCUGGGGACCUUCCUGAGCCACCUCCUCCAGCAUCUUGCCUCUUCAGGGUCGCAGACGUAGAUGAGCUCUGAUCUCAACGAACUCAUAAACCAAACUGUUUCUCAUUAUCUCUAUCUUUUGAAGAUAGUUGUGUCCUAUUGAUGGUUCACAUGUACCUUCUCUUUUGAGGAGCAUUGUUCCAUGAUGUGUUCAUUAUAUUAAUCUCAGUAACUUAAUGACAUUCAUGCAGCUAUUAAGUUGGUGUAUGAUAUUCUUACAGCAAAUAUUGUACUGGUAUUACUGCUUGAAGCACUUCAAUAAAAUAUUGCAGAGGAGAACAA